AUGGUGGAAACUAGGGCACAUGCAAAACUCAAAAAGAAAACAGUCGAAAUGACUUCCGAGGCUCCUGAGUCCAGCUCACCAAUCACUAUGACCGAGACCGAACACGCGGUUAGAAUCUCGGCCAGCGGUCCAAUGACGACGGAUCGCAAGGCCAAGUCCAUGGGAGAGCAAGCAGUCGUGGAAGAUCUGAUGGUAAAGCAGGCCUACAGGAUAGAAACAUCCUUUAUGGCCUCAAUGGACAGAUUCUCCUCAGAGCUACGGACGUUUUUUCAGGAAAGGAUGCCGGUGACAUCGUCCGCAACGCGUCCUAGAGCUGGACAGAGAGGCCAAAAGCGCGAGAGGUUCGAGCCCUACGGUGAAAGCAGCAGCCUCGUCGUCUCUGGCCGCACCCAAGCGUCAGGUUACGGCCAGCAUUCUCAGCCCCCGACAAACAGCUGGGGGCAAUCCCAGCCAACAUGGGUAAAUCCCGUACCGACCUACCCAGCAGAGACGACAUACGGCCCACUCCGUGCUUUGGCCGUGAAACUAGGGCAAAGCAGCCCCACACAAUCCGCGGUCCAGCAACUUGGCCCAGUCCACACUGUUGUUGGUCCAUCGUAA